AUUGUCUGUCUAAACGUCAUAGCUGUCUACAACCAUGUUUUAAAAAAAAUAUAUAUCACAUUUUCCCUGACAAUCAUCCAUUCCUUUACCACAGUCCUGUUAGCAUCUGUCUAAAUCUGCAAGGAUUCAGUUCCUGAAAUGUGACUUCUUCUUUCUAAUCCUCCCUCAUCUGGAAUGAGGUAAAGACAGCCUGUAAAAAAAAAAGCAUGUUAGAUGUGAUUCUGAGCACGCUCUCUUGACUCUUGGAGGGUUUCAGGUGUUCUGCUGCCUUUGCAUGUUGGUUUACAACAAAUAUGGAUAAAGUCACACCAACCACAGAGGAUUAUUGGUUUUUUGAGGAUUAUGACAACUUCACCUCGCCCCCUGAUGCUUCCAGGAGUCGUGCAGUCCCCUGCUUUCAGGAAGACAUCUACAGUUUUGCACAGAGUUACUCUCCUGCCAUCUACUGCCUGGUGUUUCUCCUGGCUUUCCUGGGCAACAUCCUUGUGCUGUGUGUGAUCCGCCGCUACCGUAACUCUCAGAGCGGAGGGUCAUGUGCCUUUUCUCUGACUGACACCUUCCUCCUUCACCUGGCCAUCUCUGACCUCCUGCUGGCCUUCACCCUGCCCCUGUUUGCAGUGCAGUGGGCUCACCAGUGGGUGUUUGGUGAGGCUGCAUGCAAGAUCUCUGGCGCCCUCUUCACCCUGAACCGCUACAGUGGCAUCCUCUUCCUCGCCUGCAUCAGCUUUGACCGAUACCUGGCCAUCGUUCACGCUGUCAGCUCUGGAUGGAGGAGGAACACCUUUCAUGCCCAGGUUGCGUGUGCUCUCAUAUGGGUGUGCUGCCUGGGCCUGAGCGCAGUAGACAUUACCUUCAAACAGGUGGAUGAGGUAAAUACUGUAGGCGAACACAAGGUGCUGCUGUGUCGGUUGUUGUUCUUAGAGAACUCCACACAGUGGCAGGUGGGGCUGCAGAUGGUCAGUGUGAUUCUGGGUUUUGGGCUCCCUCUUUUGAUCAUGCUGUACUGCUACAUCCGCAUCUUCAGGUCUCUGUGCAACGCCACCCGCCGCCAGAAACGCAAAUCCCUCCGCCUCAUCAUCUCCUUAGUGUCUGUAUUUGUCAUCUGCUGGGCACCUUACAACUGCUUCCAGCUGAUAGACAGUCUGCACAGGCUGAAUUUGGUGAAUGGAGGUUGCCAGUUUGGCCGAGUGGUGGACAUUGGGACUCUUAUCACUGAGAGUCUGGGACUGUCGCACUGUGCCCUGAACCCGCUGCUGUAUGGCUUUGUGGGGGUGAAAUUUAGAAAAGAGCUGGCCAGAAUGUGUAAAGGGCUGCUGGGACAGAGAGGCUGGCUGGGGAUGAAGGGAUGGAGGGAGGGGAGGAAGAGAAAACCCACAGGAUCUUUCAGUUCUGCAGAAAGCGAAAACACCUCCUUCUCUGUCAUGGUGUGAAACUAUUAAGAAAGACCAGAAAGAAAGAUGCAGAUGAGGGGGAGAUAUGUGUGUGUAAAGAAUGUUCACUUUAAAUUUCUCUAUGGGGGAACUUUUCUGUCUGAGAUGUAUUUCUUUCACUGCUGCUCUGCCAUCUUGUUGUUGGUUUAGUGCAGAUUACCACAUGUUAUUUUGUUAUUUGUUACUCCUCUUUUCAGGAUUACUGUCGUAAACUCAUAAUGUGAGGGUGGAUAAUUACAAUAGAACGCUAUAUCCAACAUGCUUAUGCUGUCAUGUAAAUUUCUUGCAAAAACAUACUCAUCUUGUUUUUUGUCCACAAGUCAAAUCUUGUGAAACAUCUGGAUUUCUUCAUACUCUGAGAAAAGCUUGCUCAGCAGUUCAGGUGAAGACUGUGGCUUAAGAAGUCAGAUCUGUGUCACUUUCUUACAUUCAGGGCAUUUUCCUCCUUGGAUUCCAUGCGAAUGUGGCUUUGAAGAAUAAAAAAUAAGAUUCAGCUUUUAAAUAGUUCAAACAGUUGAUAUUUUGAAAUUUUGUAAAUGUUGACAUUCCCAUUUAUUGUUUAUUUUUUGUAUGAUCCAGUUCUCUAGCUGUGUGCUUUAAAACAGAACUCAAAAGUGGAAAUGAAAACAAUGAAUCAUUUCGAAUGUUGUGUAAAAACAAGUAAAAUGUCUUGUUCAAAUAUUUAUAACAAGUUCUCUGGAAGUUUUUCUUUUAUCCAACACAACAUGCAGCUGCUAAGACAGAGCUCAUUGUGGAGAAAAAUAAAACAGUUCUUCUAAUCUAAGAGAGCUGCUGCAAUGUACACGGUGUGUUGUUCUAUGUAAACACUAAAACUCCAUUACUAGUGUGGACAAUACAUAUAGGCAUUUGUGAGCACAUGCAUUUCAAAGUAAAACAUUUUAUUCUCUAAAUGGCCCCUUCAGUGUAACAUUUUUAUCUGCAAUAUUUUUUUUACUAAUUUCUUACACUUUGAUAUAAAUAACGUUUAAAUGAAGUCAGUGAAUGAGCAUCGGCUAAUAGUUUGUUUGCUUUGGAUAUUUUUUAACCAAUAAAAAUGUAUCAUUUGUUUAAAAACAUUUUGUUUUCAUAAUUUAAUAUUCAACAUGUAAAAUAGUUACCAAAUCUGAUUAUCAAACAACUUAAACUAAAAUGUAGGACAAAGGAAGCAGUGGUAGAAGUGUAAUACAAUUUUAAGGUAAGGUAACAUCAUCAAUACAAGAAUGUACUCAUUACAUUUAAAAGUCCUGCUUUUGAAAUCUAAAGUUAACAUCAAAUUGAGAGUACUUUUUAGUUUUUUUAUUUAUCUGUGGAGUUUCUCUGAUUCUCUGAUUUAUUUGUUCCUGAGGUUUUGAGAUGUUGGAUAUGAUUUAUCUUUAGGAUGCAAUGAGUUAUUUUGAUGAAACCAUUUUUUUUAAGGAAACAAACUCAUACACAUCUGUAAUAUAGGCUAAGUGGCAUCAAAAACAAUUAUUUUUUCAGAUGUAAAAUAUUAAAAUCAUAAGCAACUUUUGAAAACAUCUGCCAAAUUGAUUUAGGGAGGUAAUAUUGUUUUUAAAUGUAGGCUUAAGGAAGUAGAUAAAUAAGUAGCACAGGAUGGAAAUGCCCAUAUCAAUAACUAAAACCUGCAAUUCCCUGGUUGUGUCAAACCAUAAUAAAAUGUAUACCACUAUUA